AGACUCAGGUUAAUUUUGUUUUAAUAUUACAUUCCAUGUCACUGCAAUCCUGUUGGUAUAAAUUCUGAGUCGUACGAUUCUGCUCCACAACCAUCUGAUGAAGAAGCAGUGCUUCGAAAGCUACUGCUCCAAAUAAACCUGUUGGACUACUAAUUGGUUUUUGACAAUGAACAUUGCUACUUCGUCAGGUGAAGGAAUCGGGAAGGCCACUGGCCCCGUAUCCCGCCUCGACAGACAGUCAGUGAUUGGCCGACCUGCCUCUGAAGGACAUUUUUCCUGUCCAAUGAAAGAGGUGUUAUGUUCCAAUGUUCCUGCUCUGUGUCAAUCGAGUGAGAGAGCUGCUUUCACUUUCUGAUAUUGAUGUGUGUUUCUCCGACUUGGAGAAACAGGUAUGGGCAGCUCCGCCAGUUCGGAUUCGGACCAGUCUGUCAAUUGCUCCCGGUCGGAGGUUCAAGAUGAGUCUCUGACUGAUCCCUUCAGACUAGACGGUGAUUCUCAGUCGAACUGGUGGAAAGUGUCGACUGAUUCAGAGGACAGCUCAGAAAACAACGAUGCUAGCCUGGAUGAAUAUAUAGAAGAUCUUCAAAUGACUUACUCAAUAUUGCACAUAAAACCACAGGAUCUGACUGAAAUGGGGGUAAGAGUGAUACCAGAGAACAUUGUGAGUGAAGAUUCGAGUUGGGGCGAAGACUCAACUGAUUCUGAGGUCAGCCUGGAAGAUUUUUCAAAGCAGAAACAUCCAAGGUAUCAUGUUGUUCGCCGUUUAACUAGUAACCAUAGUGUCUUGGAAGCUCUGAGGUGCCAUCUGUCUACAUACAACCCUCCCACAAAAUGUGGGCACUGUAUAAACAUCUUGCUGGUUGGCUUGGUGGGAGCUGGUAAAUCAGCCACCAUUAAUACAUUUCUCUCAGCUCUGAAUCCAAGUAGAAGAACGAUAAGCUGUGUCCCAACUGGAGUCCAUCCUGAUUCUAUCACAACCAAGCUCAAGUCCUACAAGUCAAACUCAUUGCAGUUUUGGGAUACUGCUGGCUGGGAUUCAUUGAAAGAUGUGGACAAGAGAAAGGAACUAUUAACAAUGAUACUGGAAGGAAGGGUGCCACCAGGAACUGUUUUGCAGGAUUUCAAUCCUCAUUCAGAUGGUGCACAAAAUCCAGUCAUUCCAGAAAAUGUAAUUCAUGCUGUUGCAUUCAUUUUUAAUAUUUUCACUAUGGAGGGCAUUAAUAUGGAUUUGAUGAAGCAAUUUCAGGAACUACAAACCAUUGUAUCACAGAAAGGUAUUUACAAUAUUGUGAUUGGGAACAACUUUGAUCGAUUGAGGAUACCACAGAAAAGCUAUAAUCGCAUUUAUGAAAACAGAAAACUAAAACGGAAGUUUGCAAUGUUGUCGGAUUAUACUGGGAUGAAAAAACGCACCAUGUUUGCUAUUUCGAAUGAGUGGAAAGGUGAUAAGAUUGAGAAGACAAAAUGUAUUCUUGCUUUGUACGCUCUGAAAAAUAUAGUCAAAAACAUAGACCCAUCUAUUAAACUUAAAAGGCAAAAUACUGCAGAGGCUGGAAAUUUGAAAUGAAAACAGAAAAAUGCUGGGAACACUGACAGCAGCAUCUGUAAAGACAUAUUUCAGGUCCAGAAGGACUAUUCUUCAGAACCUCCAGUUCUCCUCCUUGACUCAAAAACGUUUACUCUGUUGCUCCCUUGACAAAAGCUAUCGGACUGUUGUGAAUUAUUAGAAUUUCCCAGCAUUUAAAGAUGGUUGGCAUUUGAAGGCCUAAUGUAUAAGUACUCUAUAUAUUCUUGUUUGAUAAAGAUCCACAGUGGCUGCAGUCACAGAAUCAGUUAGCAUUGAAAAAGACCAUUCAGCCCCCUUGUAUGUGCUGGCGCGUUGAAAGAUCCAUUCAAUCAACUCCACUCCCAACUGCCUCUUCCCCAUAACCUUGCAUAUGUUUAUUAUCCAAGUAUUUAUCAAAUUCACCUUUGAACGCUCCUCAUGUAUCUGCUUCCACCACUCGUGCACGCACUGUAUUCCAGAUCACAGCAACUCAUUAUGUAAAGUAAACAAACAAAACAUUCUCAUUUCCCCCUCUCGUUGUUACAUCUACAACUGUCUAGGUAGCAACCAUUUUUCCACUGGAAACGUCUUCUGCUUAUUUAGCACUGCUUGAAAAAAAGGCAAACUUUGCUGAACCUUGUCCCUUGCAUUCAUCAGGUCAAUUUUCAAGACAUACGAAUAUCAGUUAUAUCUUUUGUGGUAUCAAAAUCAUACCCUGCUCCAGGUGUCUAAUUUUCCCCUGAUUUCAUGAUUCCUCACGUGAGUAUCACUGACCAGGCCAGUAUUUGUUUCCCAUCCCUUGUUGCCUUGAGAAGGUGAUGAUGGGCUGCCUUCUUGAACCACUGUGAUAGGAAGACCUGCACUGCCUUUUGGGAAGGCGAGAGUGUUCCACAUUUUUGACCUGGCAGCGGUGAAGGAACAUUGAUAUUUCCAAGUCAAAAUAGUAUAUGACUGUGAGGGCAGCCUAGGAGUGUCAUCUUAUAAUGGUGUCACAAGUUUGGUAGUCUUAUGUAAUAAAUAGUUUAGAUGUGUUUUGUUCUCUAUUUUAUUUUCAUUCUUUGUAAAGCAUAAAAUGUUAAUUAUAAAAGCAAUACCUGGUACCAGUUGGAUGGAUACAAAGCAUGUUUAAUGGUAAGGUAAACUCAAUGCUGCAAUCAAGUCAAUGAAGUUUUGUCACAAACAUAUUAUCUCCUAUGAUUUUCAUUGCAGUAUGGACACAGUAGAUCCAGUGGCCUCCAGUGCUACAAUUGUUCCAUGAUUCUACUGGCAGAGUCCAGCAAAAAGUUUUCAGUUCAAUUAGUAUCGUUGUACAUUUAAGAGGGAUUGGUUCUGUCCUCUUUCUCUUUAAGAGGGGUAUUGUAAAUCUGGUGCCAAGGUUUCUGCUGCUUGGAAAAGCAAAGUCAGGAGCAUUUUU